AUGCAUUCUUAUGAUUCUAUAAUCGAGAAUUAUACCAAUUUCCUGAAAAAUGAAUUGUUUGAAGCUAAGAAAAUCAAUGAUAUCGAUAUUUCAGUUCCCUUAGAUCGAAGCUUUUUUUCAGAAGAUCUCCUACGUGGUGACUGGCCCACGUUGAAUAAUGAAGCGAUCGAAGAUGAAGACGUUUUCGCUCUUAAAGAAGCUGCAAUCAAGAAACUAUUUUACCAAUUCACAAAUUUAAACGAAAAGCAAUGUGUUUUGGGCUUUACAGUAGUAAUGGACUUCUGUCAUACAAUGAAAUACGAUGAAGCUGACAAUUCGGCAAAAAACUGGGCAUUCAUCUUUUUCGAGCUGUUCAGACUUGCAUUGGGAUUUUUGAAGGUACCAUCUGGACUGCUGCACUUCUGGCCUUAUGUUGAUUCGCGUUUAAGCUGGUUUAAAGAGGGCCUCUCCGUUGAAUCACAAUAUGGCCGCACCAAUCUAAGUGCAAUAAAAGCACCAUUCUCGAAGGUCGUAUUCCAGCUUAACAAAAUGUUGCAGUCAAUGCAACUUCAUUCUAAGUUAUUGUGCCCAUCCCACUACAAACUCGCAAUGAAAAUGCAUUGGUUUUUAGCCCAAUGUCUUUCCCCUAAUGAACAAGCUAACACCAACAAACGAGGAAAUAUUGCGAAGGAAAUGCCAGAGAAAUUAUGGGAAAAAGAUGAUUUGGAUCAUCAUCAAUCAGGGUUUUCUACUCAUUGGCAUGAAGUUCAACAAAAUAUUCUUCAAGAUCCAAUACGUUGGGCUUUCAGCGAUCGCUUCCACCAACAAGCUUUUGAAAAGCCACUGACUUACCUUUUGGACGAGAUUUUGAAGCAAGAGUCGGACUUUUAUUCUAGAAUAAAACGGGUUAAAUCAGAGUAUUUGCGUGCAAGUAGGAAGCCCAGGGAAGAAAUCCCAGAGAAGUUGCAAACAAAAUUAUAUGAAGUCGAAAAGAAAGACACAUUGAAAACGAUUAGCGAUAGCAAAGUCAAUUUUUGGAGGGAAGUAUAUGUUCUACAAGAGAGCUUAGAAACUUCUUUACGGCCUUUGCCUCUUGAAUACGCAACAUGGAACACAAAUGAAGUUCUAGCACAAUUAAGAAGUCCUUAUGUUGACUUUUACCGUAAAUCUUUCGUCUUGCAGGUCCUCUUUACAUUUAAUUUGAUAGAGGCAAUUUUGAGUGAUGAAUCUGUAAGCAAAUUUUAUCAAGCUCAAAUGGCAAUGCCGGGCCAGAGCACAGACAUACCGAGUGAGACCAAGUAUUCCGAAACUUUGGAUUUUUGUCGACAUUUGAUCAAGGAUAGGAUUGCCAACUUUUAUGAUUUCCGUGACAAGGAAUUUUCGCAGGUAAUAAAAUCAGCUCUACAGACUGAAAAGCUUUUCAUGAGGAACAAGAUAAGUAGGGGCUCAAAACAAUUAAGUGAUUUCGAAUAUUUAGAGGAGCCAUUUGGAACUCUUUCCAAGCCUGAUCACUCUUUCAAGAAAUUUGGAUGGAUACUUCUGGGUAAUAAAAAAAUCGAUAAAGUAUGGAAAAUCAAGACAGGUUUAGACCAAAUCAAGAAUAAUCACCCGAAUCCAAAAGAUUUAUACAUUACUUUGAAAGAGGAACAUGACAACAGUACUGAUGGGAAAGGAACGGUACAGUUGGAUGAAAGCAUUGUCAAGCAGUGGCAGUACCUUCGUUCUCUGAAAUCAGACUUCUUGUUCGACUUUCAUAAAGUUGACGAGAGUACUGGUAUCAACGGCCUAUUCGAAGAUAGUUUAAUCAAGCGCUCGAAGGAAAAGAAAAAGAAUCUGCGACUUCACUUAGAAGACGAAGAGAGGGAGAAGCAUGCAAAAAAACUCCAGGAGGCCCGAUCUUAUUUUCAAAAUAAAGAUCAGAAAAAGCGAGAGGCGGAAGAUGAACUAUCGACAACACUCUUGAAAAAGUCAAAAGCUGAGAAUGAAGCUUCCCCCAAUAUUGGCUCUUCACAAAAUGAGUUCACGGAACAGUCGAGUCCCUCCGUUGACAAUUCCGUGAAAACCACUGACCAUGAACGUAUGAACGGAGAGGAUUCUCAAGAAGGUACUUUGGGAAGCCACCAAGAGCAAAAAAAAGAAAAUGCAUUUGACACAGGAAACGAUGAAACGCCUCAGCCAACAGCUGAGAGUGUCAGCGUCUCUCCUAUUAAUGAGGAAGUUACGGCAAGCGACCCCUCAAUUGAAGAAAAAGAUGACCUUAGUGAAAGGCAAGAUGCUUGA